ACAUGCUAGAGAAGCUUCCACUGGGCUCUUUGAAGAUGAAAGGAGCUCUUUACUGUGACUGAGUGAUGGCGAUGGCUUACUGGCACCCUUUGCUCCCCACAGCCCUGCACGAGUAUGAGGAUCUUCAGAGAAAGCAAGAAACUACAGCCAUGGAAUUCAAGAGGCUGGAAGAGGAGCGAGACGAGGCGAUGAAGAAGCUCUCUGAGUUCCAGCAAGUCUCUCAGAUGGUCAUUGAAGAGGUCAGCGCCAUCCAGGAGAACCUGGAGAUUGAGCGAACGUGCAGAGAAAGUGCUGAAGCGCUGGCCUCCAAGCUGGACAGGCAGAACCGCUCUCUGAAGAGGAAGAGUAUGAUGUUGCUGUCUCACAUCAGCCCUGAGACCAUCGCUGACAUCGACCUCAAUGAUGAAGCAGAAGAGAGUGAGGACCUGCAUGCAUCGAGCCACGACUGCCUGUCUCCUCAGUGCUGCACCUCCAUCUCAGUGCUGCAAAAUAAGUUGGAAAUGACAGUUAAGGAGAAAAAUCAAGCACUCUCUGAUCUUGAGGCAGUAAGAGAACUACUGAGGGCGACCAAGGAGGAAUUUCAACUUACAAGUUUACGAGCUCACACAGGGACAUCCAGAGACUUUAACGGCUCUGUGGACCUGUGGAAAUGUGGAAAUGACACAGUCUUCACUACCAAGAUCUUCAACCCACACCUCCACAGCUUCACCAGCAGUCUGAGGGAGACUGAGGACAUUGAGUCUGAAUGGACCAUGUUCAGCAUCUCCACUGUCGAAGCCACUGCAAUAAGCUGUGGCCGCAAGGCAGUUGGUGCCUGUCGUGGUGGUUAUUCCCAAUCCAAAUGGUGGACACUCGAGGUGAGAGGUGCCACCAAGCUGAAGAAGGAGCCCUACCAGGCUUGGUUAGCCCGUGGGACUCCGGAGGCAGCUGAUAGACAGUGUCACAACUUCUGGUUGCCCCAAAAAGCACAAAUCUCUCCUUGUGGAAAUCUUCUUGUAGUGUCUCAGUUAGCUGUGGAGGAAUAUGAAACUUUACACGACACCUUCAACCUGGAGCGAGAUCUGAGGACCGAGGCAGAAAAUUAUGCCAGAGCUAUGGUGGUCGAGCAAAAGAAGCUGAAGAGACAGAGUCAGAUCCUGAUGCAGAGCUCCUCACCAAGUCAGGCUCUGCAGGAUGCCCUCAGCCAGGUGACCCGACUGACAGAGGAACUGGAGACACAGAGGCUGGAGCACCAGAGCCAGAUAAAGACGAUGGAGGACAUGCUGGGGAGCAGCGAAACUCAGAGGGAGCUUAUAGCAUUGAGGCACUCACUGGAGCUCCUGGAGGAGGAGAAGAAGGAGUGCAGCAAUAAAUGCUCCAAGGCUGAACUGGAGCUCAAGGAUCUGAGGUUUACAGUUGAAGAGCUCCAGAAAAAGCUUCAGGCCGCUACCAACCCACCCCCAGCUCCAACACCUCCACCUCCUCCACCUCCUCCACCUCCUCCAGCCCUGCCUUCAACCACAAACCCACUCAGCACACUGGUAUCACUGAUUCGAAGGAGAAGAGGCAUCAGAACUGACAUCCCGCUGGUGGAACAGGACUCUGCCAAGACACCAGAAGUGGAUGUCAGGCAGCAGGCAGUGGAGGAAAUGAUGCAAAGGAUUAAGAAAGGUGUUCAGCUUCGACCUGUCAACCAGUCACCCAACAGCAGCAGGAAACAGAUGGAGAAGCUGCCCUCUAAUUCUGCUAUUCAGGAACUUAAAGGAAUCAUGGAGAAUUUUAACAGAACUGUACAACAACCAAAGGCAGCGUCUCCGACAACAACCCGAGACGACGAGCUGCAGAGGAUUCUGCUGAGGCGGCGGGACGCGCUGGACGCCUGACACAAAGGUCAGCGUCCUCGUGUCUCCCCGCAGUGUGGCGCCGCCUGAGGAUCCACGUGUACAGAGGAUGUGGGUGACUGAAGACUAAUAUGGAGUGUUAUUACCCAGCCUUUUACAUCAGUGCACACUUACAAUAACCUCUGACUGUAUUGAUGAGAUUACAGUCAGAUGGAUUCUUGGUCACCGUCAGAGGGAAAGACACGUUCCUGUUGCUAUGAAGAAGAGUCAGAAGUGUGUCAGUAACUCCCGCUGGACUGUUUGCUUCCAGUAAAAUAAAGGCAUGUAUCGC